GAGGCGGCGGCAGCAGCUAUGGCCCGCAGCUUAUUGGCCAGCUCCGCGGGGCCGCAGUCUAGUGGGGUGCGAAGGCUGUGUCAGAUAGCCCGGCUGCCAUGGCGUCCUAUUUCGAUGAGCACGAUUGCGAGCCGUUGGAUUCCGAGCAGGAGGCCCGAACCAAUAUGCUGUUGGAGCUCGCAAGGUCACUUUUCAAUAGGAUGGACUUUGAAGACUUGGGGUUGGUAGUAGAUUGGGAUCACCACCUGCCUCCACCUGCUGCCAAGGCUGUGGUUGAGAACCUUCCCAGGACAGUCAUCAGGGGCUCUCAGGCUGAGCUCAAGUGCCCCGUGUGUCUUUUGGAAUUUGAGGAGGAGGAGACUGCCAUUGAGAUGCCUUGCCAUCACCUCUUCCAUUCCAACUGCAUUCUACCCUGGCUAAGCAAGACAAAUUCCUGUCCCCUGUGCCGCCAUGAGCUGCCCACUGAUGACGACACUUAUGAGGAGCACAGACGAGAUAAGGCUCGCAAGCAGCAGCAAAAGCACCGACUUGAGAACCUCCAUGGAGCCAUGUACACAUGAGGUGCCUGGGGCGGAGCACCUGUCUGCCACAGCAUCUUCCUCUUGCACCUGAAUCCUCAUUAAAGAUUUCUUUAUCCACCCUGCACUGCACUGCUCACAGGCCUGGGCAGGGCCUCUGCACCCUCCAUAAGGUCCCUACUGCUACUGGGGAAGAGAGGCCUGAACCACAGAAAGCACCA